CUCAGCUGUACCUGUCGUUUGAAACCAAGGUGACAGGUUAUGGUAGCAGGUAGAUCGAUUGGGGCCCGCGCCACAGAAAGCAACGGACUCGACAGACGACUGCACGGUGAAACGUUACCUAAACAAGGUAGUCAAUACGCCAUUGUACCAGCCGCGCCAUCUUGGUUUGGAAAAGAAGGCAAGGAGGAUUUUCGAUAUCGAACACACAAAAAAAUAAUAAUGUAACUAAAUAACAGAAUUAAGGCAAAAGUGGUUUUACUUCAAAAAAGUGGGAUAAGACUUUUGAACACAAACACGAAGACAUGGCAAAGAAAAAAGAAGGAUGUUGUCGGAAAUUCAUGAAGUUUCUUUUCUCUCACGUGGGACUGUGCGUUCUGGUGGCGCUUUACUGUGUAGCAGGCGGAUUCAUAUUCAGACACUUAGAGCAAAACAACGAACAGCAGAUCUGCUACGAUUCCAGGAACGAAUAUGUUCCCAUGGAGAACAAGACUCUAUCGCAGAUGAUAAGUGUAAUGACGGAAAACGAAGGCAACUCAAACAAAGACGUCAUGACGAUCCAGCUCAAGAGCAUCUUGGAGACCUUCCGAGACAACAGUAUCGCCAUUGGUUAUGGAGGUGAUUCCUGUGGGGACUACGGCAAGGAAGGGGGUCCUCCGUAUAAAUGGUCCUUCCCAGGAGCUCUCUACUUCUCUGUCACCGUCAUAUCAACCAUAGGUUAUGGACAUAUCGCACCCAAGACAUUCUGGGGCCGGUUGGUAUGCAUCGCUUACGCCAUGUUGGGCAUUCCUCUGAUGUUACUCUGUUUGGCAAACAUCGGCGAAGUGCUGGCGGACAUAUUCAGAUUUAUAUACGCCAAGAUAUGCUGCUGUGGCUGCUGCCGAAAGAAGGACAAAACCAAGGUCGUGCAGAUCAAACCCGUGGCCCAGGAACCGAACUGGAACAGCGACAAAUCCAAAAUCAUCACGGCGGCCCCUCCUAUGGGGACCAGUGAAUUCAGCAAGAUCCCGCCAAAGACUCCAGACAGCAUGAAAGGAAACGACACCGGCAAGCCAGUCAAAAUCAUCCCGCUGGACAUCAAAUCCUUCAAAACGCAACAAGAACUCGCCAACCGAUCUCAGCAAGUCCGAGGAGAACCAAUGAUUAUGGACGACGACAGCGAUGAUGAAGACGAUGAUUUGGACGAGAAGAAGAUAACAGUUCCUUUGACCGUCACGAUGAUUGUCAUCGCGGGAUACAUUCUGGGCGGCGCCAUGUUGUUUGGUCUUUGGGAGACUUGGGAUGAACUUCAGUCUGCGUAUUUCUGCUUCAUCACGCUCAGUACCAUUGGGUUUGGUGAUGUUGUUCCGGGAACUGAUUUCGACAACCCCCAGCAGACAGCACAGCUCAUUCUUGGCGCCAUUUACGUGCUCUUUGGAAUGGCCAUUCUUUCUAUGUGCUUUUCGUUGAUGCAAGAUGAAAUUAUAGCUAAAUGCAAGUGGGUUGGACAAAAAUUGGGAAUUGUUGAUAAGGACGAAGACUAGUGUCAUAUCUGAUGAUAUCCAUUUGCUGGCUGUACCUGGAUAAAACUGCUGAUCCAGAAAACUCUGGAGUUUUCUAGAAAUUCUCUUUCUUUUGAAUUCUACAUGAUACUGUUUGGUCCCCAAAUUUCGUGCCUUUUUCGGAACGAGAAAAGAUGUAAAACAAAAAUUGUUAAAUUAGCCCUGGGAUACCGUACAAAGGCAACCGGAUUGCCUGCCUGUUUAUAGAGAUUUCCAGAGUGUAACUUGAGAUACAGACAUUGGAAAGGGUUGGAAUAGUAAUAGAGUUGAUGCAUUUAAUCUAUUUAUUUCAAAUUUUAGAGCUUGAAUUUUAUUUGAGUGUUGAUGUACAUAUUUCAUCGGUAUUGCUUCAUUGUUUGGAUUUGAUGGUCAUAAACAUGAAUGCUCUAUUUAUUUUCUAUGCCGGCUUUCUAUAUUAUUCCCAUUGCAACUGUGUUAAGUCGGUAGGCAGUGUUUCAUUUUGUGAUGGCAAUGUUUAUAGAGUGCCCCCUAGAUUGAUGCAGUUUUGUAAUAUUUUUAUAACUAUUAAGCUGUUGUACGCUUUCAAGGUCAUGGCAGACGCUUUCGAGGCCAUGUGGGUGUGGUUACUGCUUACUUACUUAAAUACUUAAAGAGGGCCCUUGAAAGCGUUCAACCAACGAGGAGAAAUAUCAUCCAAACAAGGUAUUGCUGGGCCUCGAUAUAUCCGUCCACGUUUCCACUACUACUCACAGAAAGUCACACUUAAUUUUAUGUAUAUAUGAUAUACAUGUAUAUACUUUUUUUUGCAAAUUUGUCUAUUUACCUACAUAUUGUAGUACCCCCUCCCCCCGAAUUGUAGGGUCUGUGUUUACAAAGAUCUCAAAACGAGUCUAUUACUUAUCUCCUACUUAUUUUGCAAAAAAUCUCUAUUUUCUUACAAUGUUGUCUGUGAUAUUAAUGUUACGAUCAAUAAAUUAAGUUUCAACGUC